CUAAUCGGACACAUUGGUAGAAAAACACAUGGCAGCGAAGAGACGCGGCCGUGGGGGAGAGUCGUGUGUUGUCUGCGGGCUGUGAUGGUGGUUCGGCGGCGGCGGCUCUGUCUGCGUAGCACGGGAGGCUGUUUCUCUCUUUCCUGGGGUCGCACAGGGAGAGCCAGCGGGCUGUAACAGUUUAGCCGACUUGCUAGCUAACGUCAAGUUGUAAGAAAGUGGAGAAGACGGCGGCUAAACGGGAGCUAUAUCCGCCCUACACAGACCUAUGCGACGGAUAGAAGGUGAGUGAUGGAGACGAGAGAGUUGACCGUGGUAGCUGGCAGCUUCGUGGGUUUCCAGCUUCUUUUCUCCGUGGCCAGUCCUCUGCUCUCGUCCGCCACCUCGCAGGGUUAUGGACGGCUGCCUCCCACCAAGCUCACCGAGUGGAACUCCAGGUUGGUGUCGACCGUGCACGCCCUGAUCGUGGGUUUGUUCUGUUUGUACAUCCUGUGGUUUGACGACGAGGUCAACGCCAACCCCGUCUGGGGUGAGCCCGGCCUCGUCAAGUUAAAUGUAGCCAUAACAUGUGGCUACCUACUUUAUGACCUUGUGCUGCUAGCCUGUAACUGGAGCACAAUGGGGGACAGCUUUUUCGUCUGUCACCACUUGGCGGCGCUGUACGCAUAUGGAUACGUGCUGACACGCGGCGUGCUUCCAUACUUUGCCAACUUUCGACUCAUCUCAGAGUUAUCCACACCUUUUGUGAAUCAAAGGUGGUUCUACGAGGCAUUAAAGUACCCCCGCUCACACCGGCUGGUGGUAUUAAACGGCAUUGCCAUGGCGGUGGUCUUCUUCCUGGUGCGCAUCGCUGUCAUGCCAUCGUACUGGGCCAGCGUAUUCGCCACGUUUGGCACUCAAGACUUUGAGCGGCUGGGUUUGGGCGCCCAGGUGGCAUGGAUCACCUCCUGUAUCGCCCUGGAUGUUUUGAACACUAUCUGGAUGUAUAAGAUCACUAAAGGUUGCUACAAAGUCAUCACCGGGAAAGGAGGACGAAAGGUUAAGGAAGGUGCGGAGGCGUCGCCCUCCUCAGACAAGACGAAGCACAUCAACAACCACACGGACUAAAGAGACAUAGAGCAGAGAACACUGGGACAAAAGGACAUAAGCGAGGAUUGAGGCUGGACAUCCAGGAACCUCACAGCCUCUCUCUUUUUGCUGAAGCCUCUGUGUGUGUCUCUCAUACCAUCCCCCACCACCACCCUCCAAUCCCCAACCUCAGAUCUUGACCUCCUUGAAGUUGGCUAGUGGACGGGCUUAUGAGUCCUCAGGUCCCGACACCUGACACUAGACGAAAGGGGACUGCUCUCUUGACUCACUCAUAAACCUUCGCAACCUCGUUGUUGCUCGGAUUAGCAGAUUAGCAUCCCGCCGGGCGAUAGCUUUCGGUUGCAGAUAGCAAGGUAGAGCUCACGAGCGCACUUUUAACUCUUGUCUGUCACUCGUCCUCUACUGUCACCACCACCACCAUCACCUCCCGUCUUCCUCUCUGUCACAACUUCAGCCAAAGCCCAAUCCUCUGAAGUGCCUGCGAAAGACAGGAAAGCAAUAAACGUGGAGUAUUAAGAUCACAAAGUGUAACCGAGUUUAGCCACCUUCAGAAGACAACCAUCCCUCGUUCGCCAUAGCUCCUGACACAACCAGAUUCUCCUUCUGCUGACCCCCCCCCAACCCCUCCUUUUUUUUCAUACUCCGUCCACACACUUGAGGAGACGUGGCCUACGACAGAGUAAAAAAAACUCUCACAUCAGACCCGUGCAGCGCUUGUGAAUCUAUAGGGCUCUUGUCUUAAACUCAUCAGACCUCACAAAAACGAAAAAGAGACAGACAAACAGAGAGAAUAACACCAUAAUGCCUCUUCUAUAGUAUCACCUGCUGUGGCCUCCUAUAUAUCACCAGCCAUGCCCCUCCAACCUCCUUUAUAAUUUGAACUACAAGUCAGAAAACACUCUAACCUAAGAAUAUGCAUGCAGGAGAUAUAAAGACGUACAGACGGGAGACUCUCCAACAUCUUUAGCCUCGCACAGGACGAUUUUAGCCUUCUCAGUAUUCAUCGUAUCGGCGUCACUGUGUUGUACUUUGCUCUCCUCGUGUACAGCCGCCUGUUUUUUUUUGUGUUUUUUUUUAAAGAGCUGUCUUUGUUUUCUUCUAUUUUCACACAAGCCUCAAGCCCUCAGCAGUCACGGUAACAUGUCUAACUCAUGUAACAUUUAUCGCAACCCGCUGCCUCACUGGAUAGAGCCCCGCUAUCCAGCCUCAACUGUUUGUUUUUUUUUGGUUUGUUCUACCUCUCUCCAACCCCCCUCUUCCGCCUCCUCCACCUUUACCCAACCUUACAAUGACUUCGUCAAUCCCUUCACGCCACGAGUUAAUCAAUCUAAUGUUGGUUUAUUAUUUCUUUUUUCUUCUACUGUGAGUUUUUUUUUUUUUUUUUUUGCCUUUAAAACACAGUAUCGUCUGUGAUAUCACUGGUUCCGAGGGCCCGAGAGAGCUUCUCCCCCUCCACGUCACAUUUUUCUUGCAAAACUGUGUCCAGUGUAUCUUUCUAGAGAAACACCCACAGGGAGGCUUUUACACUCCCAUUUGUCUUCUCAUGUUCCUUCUGUUCUCAGUGACUCAGAGAACCUAAUUGAGGAAGAGAGACGUGGAUGUGUGUGUGUGUGCGUGUGCUCGUGUGUGAAGUUCUUCCCCUCAACCUUUUUUUUUUUUUGCAAACUAACACAUACAAAAAGUCGCAGUAUAUGGUGCCCUUUUAAAAACAGACAUGGUGCUCUUUUCUUUCUUUCUUUUUUUUUUGCAGAAAUUGGGCGGUAGGAACGCUAGCAAUAUGCGUACAGCAGCACAGACUGGUUUCUAUAUGCUGUCGCUGUUAAAUGCAAAUGUGGCAUUCUGCAUGUUUUUGUUUUUACUGUAGAGUAAGUCAUCACUAUUAGAGCAUGAUAAGAUUGACAUAUUUCUGUGAUGCCUUAGCGAAUAGUCAACAUAGAUGAAUAACAUCUAAAUAUAAAUUAAUCUAACGCAGAAAAGGGGGGGUUUGUCUUCCGAAACAGUUAAUGUUUUUGCCUCUUAGAGUGUACUGAAAGCAUGUCUUUUUGAUUCCCUUCUCCUCUCAUCUGCAUGUUUUUAUAUACACAUGCAGGUGCUUUUUUUGCGUAUGGUAACCCACUAAUUGUCAUCACAUUUCUCUAUAUUCUGGUCGGCAUUGCUCGGUUUAUACAACUUCAUCAUCAUAGUCUUGUCGUUGUACUCUUGUCAGCAGACGCUAACAACUUCACAGCUGAUGUCAUGACAGACAGAAAUACAAGAGGGUUGUUUUUCAGAUUUCGCCACACGACUGUAGAAAUAGACGACGGGGACGGAAAUCUACAAAGGUUAAGUUUGUACUUCGGCUCGCGCGUUUACUCACGGUUUUUUUUUUUCCCCUUCUCGCUCAAGUCUUUCAGUCUUCUCUGCCGGUAAGGUAGUUAUAAUAGUCUGAGAACGUCUCAUGUUUUUCACUGUGGAACUAAAAAGCACACUCCCCGCGGAGCUAUAACUCAGUGAUCUCCUGUAUUUCUGUCUGUCAACCGCAGAGGACGGGCUACAGUAUCUGGUGCCUUUACACUAACGGUGGAUGUGACAGUCAGGUUAGGAUCAGCAUUAAUUUUUUUAUGUAAUAUCCAGCGAAUUCGAUUUUCACUAUUAACUCCUCUGUACUCCGUAUGUAUACUCUAUGUAUAUAUUUUUAUAAUCUGCCUGCACAAUGAUUAAUCCGGCCAAGUAUUAUAAUCCAAAGCUGCUCCCUCUCUCGGGGGGGGGCUGUUUUGUGUUGAUUUGUUUGCUUUCUUGAACACAGGGGUAUGUCUCGAUGAAUGUCGUCAUGGGUUAUAUUUAGUGGCAUUAAAAAACAAACUUACAGUAUCCAAGGUGAUGAGAAUGGAAAUCAAAAUAUAUAUGUGUAUAUAUAUAUAUAUAUUUUUUUUUUUUUUUGACACAAGCUCUUAAAAUAUACAGUUAAUUAAUAGGUAGGCUAAUAUCUCAUUUCUCUGGCCUCCUAAACUCAAAGCUGUGAAUAGUUGUAGGAUUUAAACUGUAAUCUCGUUAACAGUCAACAAAACUAGAAGAAUCUGACUGAAGAGAAGAAUGGGGAGGUGUUUGGAGACUGGCUGACCAGUGAUGUGUUGGAUGUCUUUGAGUUAAGACUGAGACUGCUCUCCGGAGCAGAUCUCGUGCACAAAGUUAAAAACUAAAGUACGUUGUCUACUUGGUUGUCUAAAGACUGGAAGAAAAAAAAACAACUGUUGAACUGGGAGUUUUUGUACUUGUCAGGGUUUUCUACAGACUAUAUUUCAAGCCCUUGUAUUUGUGCUGUAUCUCACAAUCUGGGGUCAUAUGAAAAUUGACAGAAUGAAUAAAUAAUUUGAUAAGGCUGCUAUAGUAAGGCUAUGAUCUGUAUUAAGUAUUGUAUCAGUUCAGAACAACCACAUUGCCUUUUUUGUUUCUUUGGGGAGGCCAACGUUCAUUAUGUUCUAUAAUGAAUAUAUAUAUGUAUAUAUAUAUAUAUAUCAAAACAUCCUGUUCUGUGAUCAGAUAUUGCUACCAGAUGCACACUGUACUAAUGAAACCACUUCAUUUGGAUGACAGGAUGUCUUUUCUCUCUGAGGUACAUUAUUGUAACAAAGCUGCAUCAGGAUUCGGUACUGAAACGUUAAACUUUGCUGGUCUUCUCAAAGUUACACGUGGUAUAAAGGCAAGUAUUAUUUUUGCCCCCUAUAUUUUUUGUUGUUGUUCUUUUUAAGAUCUUUUAUUUCUCCAUGGACUGAUCCUAUACAUGAACAGGUGAUCUAAAAAAAAAAAAAAAAAAUAGGAUGGAAUGAAUUUCAGUGUCACAAAGAUGACAGCAUUUGUGUAACAGUAACUGAUAAUCAAAUGACUUUACCAGUUGAUUUCCUUUUCUUUAAAUGACUCGCCAGUGUGGCUUAUUUCCCUUCCCCUUUUUAUUUUUUGUCUUUUAAUUCAGUGCAAUUUCUUGUUAUGAUCUGUCUUUUUUUUCUUUUCUUUUCUUUUUUUUUUCUCUGGAGAUUUUAAUGUGAAACGGCGCUACACUACACGCAGGCCUUUUUUGGGGGUCCCCUGUCUGAGCAUCACCUUUUGACUCGGAUGGUAGCCGUCUACAAUGACCACUACUAAUGAUCAUGUAAUUGUAGUGCUGAAAGCUGAGACUUACUUGAAAGUGUUGUUCUUCAAUAAAGUUGAA